GAACCUGGGGGCUAUAAGACUGUGAGAGUCUGCAGGAGACACAAACUGAAGAAGUCCCUCAUGAAAUCAAUGUUCUAACCUCUGUUGUGCAUGAGGCCGUCGGGGGUCACCAGGAGAACCCAUGGAGCCGUUCAUCAUGACCUUGCACUCCUCCUCGCCUCCUCCACUGGAUGAGGACGGCGACGGGGAGGCUGGCACUGAGGACGACCAGUUCGGAGGCUUUGGGGGAUUCUGCUCCCGCCGAGGCGAUGCAGAUCCCACUGAGCCGCCGUCCACCCUCAGAGAACCUUCUCACGCCCUGAAGGAGGCCAGCCAUCCACCCAGCUGCAGCGUCCAUCCCCCAGAGGAACCCAGUGGAAGCUCAGGUUCUGACGGGGACCAGAUGGAGACGGAGAGGAAGGGUUGUGAGGCUGAGUCAUCGUUGCACCUCACAAACGGAUACGCUGAAGAAGACCUGAACGCUGGGACCCAUGGUGCUUCGAGGACCUUCUCUCCUGAGGAGGAAACGGGCUUUGCUGAUUUCACUGUGUUCACCGAGCAGGCGGCUCAUCCCUGGUGCUGCGGCCUGUCUCCUCUCCACAGCACCGAGACGUGGGCGGACCAGACACACGGCCCAGGUCAUGAGGUCGUUCUGGACUCUGAGCCCAGAUCUCAUUGUGCAUCUGAGUCUAAAGGGAAUGUUUGCACUAAGGUCGAGCACUGUGAGGAACGAGAGGCAGCUCAGGACCCCCCCCAGCCUCAGAGAGCUGCAGCAGCUUUUGGAUUUCCAUCUCCACGGCCUCAUGUCAGAGAGGAGGGUGUAGGCGAGCGUGUGGACAGAUGGAGGGAGACCAGUUAUUGUUUGAAUUAUGUACAAACCUCCGAGGUGCCGGAGGACGGAGACUUGGAGAAGGACAGAGAGAGAAGCGUUUCUACUGUUCCUCAAAUGAUCAGUGUGUACGAGUCGGCUUCAGAGGACCUGGAAUCUGUCGCGGAUGACUUCACGUUCGAAGGUGUUUCUGCUGACCUGGAACCAAUCGUUUCAUCUCUGGCUUCGCAAGAGGAUCAGACUGACUGGGACCAGACCGAUGCUGAGGAUGAAGAACUGGGAAACAACUGGCAUUCUUACUCUUUUGGCAACAGCAGCGGCAGAAAGGCAGAUCUCAGCCAAACAGAGGCAGAGCAGGCUAUGUGUCACUGCGACCAACCUGCGACUCAGGAAACCUCUGCUACCUCCAACCAGGCACAGUCUGUGACGUACACAGGAUACGGAUUCGCAGGCUUCGGUGACCGUGGUUCUGACCUGGUCCAAGCUGCUGAUGUGAGUGUGCAGAGUCUGGGGAGCCUCCCGCCCAGCGACAGCUUUGCUGAUUUCUGCUCAGCACCCACACAGGAGGCUGGAGAAGGAUCGUGGGCAGAGUUCCCUGAUCAGAGGGAUGAAGAGGAGGGAAGUCAGACGCCGGACCGAGGCAGCAGCCUUCAGAGCGACGGGUCCACAGAGGAAGAGCAGGACGAGGUGGGACGCUGUGGAGCUGCAAGGAGAAGCAGCUGUCAGGUGUCGUUAUCCUGCCGUGUCCAGCGGAUCCUCUGUGCCAGUUUCCCAGAGGUGGAAGGUGAGGAGGAGGAGGAGGAGGAGGAGGAUGAAGAGGAGGAGGUGCUGAGCCUCUGUGCUCAUCUUCACACCCGACACCUCCCACAGAGUGAGGAGGAGAAGACGCCAGAACUCAGCGGUGCUCAGAGGGUUCUUCGGGGCCUGUGGUGGCCUCACCGAGACGUCCACAGUGCGGUCGGCCUUCACUUCCAGUGGAGCGGCUCCCACACCAACAGGACUCUGCUCAGGUGCCUCGGUGUGGACACAAGAAACAUUUUGUUCAUCGGCAUGAAGAAGCAGCCAGUAGCUGUUCCUGCGUUCGCAUCCAGCCUGGGAAUGCUUGAGCCAACCAAAGACGCUGUAGCAGCUGUUUGUACUUCAGGAUGCAAAGCAGUCACAGCCCGGGAACCUGCAGGGCCACAGAACCAGCAGGACCCCUCGCCGGACUCAGUGCAGGGGGCGCUCCCUUCCAGCCAGCGGGACUGGAGCAGCCGUGGACUCAGCAGCUCUCAGGACGGCUGCUGUGCUCUCAACCUGGAUUAUUUUGGUCCAGAGGAGGAGAGCAGAUCCAGAUCCAGAUCCAGCAGCAGUCCUCCUCCAGGGGUCGACCGGGAACUGUACGAGUUGACCAUCAGCAAACUGGAAACCAGCACCAACAGCUGCCACCUGGUGGACACUUUGAAUCGACUGAUGUCUGAUGCAGAGAAGACGAGCACUUCGGUCAGGAAAGCCCCAGAGGACGAGGAGCUGAGUGCGGAGGCUGGACGGCUGAUCUCUGGACUUCCUGACUUGUCCUUCAUGACGGCCAAAGUCCUCAUGUUCCCAAGCGUCCUCGUACCUGCGCUGUGAUGACUUUUCUUUUCUACACACACACACAGAAUGUAAACACUGACUACGAGGUUGUUCUCCAACUUCUCACCCUCUUCGGUCUCAAACCCAAAAGUCAAACGUCUCGUCGGUAGUGAGGCGGAAUAAUAAAUAAUCAUUCAUGUCAGGGUCGAAUAAUCACUACAGUGCUAAGAAGCAGGUGUUUCAAUCAAUCUUACUAUUACCCCCCUUAAGUGUUGUGGUCGUAUUUAUUACAUCAAACCCACUAAAUGAAGUUAUGUUAGACAAAUUAUAAUAUAUUUAGUUGAUCAUAAUGUGUUGAAUGUAAAAGAGUGUUUCCCUUUAUUAUUUUAUCUUUUCAUUCUGUGAUUAAACU